GGACUGGAAACUUUCCAUGGAAGAGAAAUACUUACAAGAUCUCUCAUAUAUGGAAACUUUCCAGCAUUUCGUUUACGUGCCGAACUCCACCGACCUGCUCAAUGUUAUAUUUUUGCUUAGUCAUGUGUUUCCUCUCGAAAGAAGAAGAGCAGAUUUUUUGGUCAACAUGUGUACGUGUGAUUAAUGAUUAAAAGUAAGAUGGAUCAGUUAUUGAGUCAGAAAAGAGAAGAAUUACAGGAUUUCUAAUCGAAUGGAAAUUAUUAUCAUGCCGGUUGUGGUCUAACGAGGAGGUGGAAAUUUAAGGUCCCCGGCGACAAAGAAAAAUUAUUUCCAAAAUAAACCCACCAACUAAGAAGAAUUUAUUUAUUCAAAUUAUUCAACUAAGUUUCCAUCGCAAUGUUUCCCCUCGUCCUCCCCCUCCUCGCCAUCUCCACCAUCUCCCUCUUCAUCAUCCUCAUCACAAAACAAAUCCGGUACGGGUCCGGUCGCGAAGUCAUUCUGAACCUUUUCUGUGACCUCAAGGGACGCCGCCACCGCUGGGUCACGGACCCUACGCUGGCCCGACGCCUGCUCGGCUCCUCCUCCUCAAAAGGCAUCGGGAUCGAGCACCUCCUCAGCUUCCAAGCCUUCCGCCCCAUCGUCUCCCUCGAAUCGGUCAACGACUCCCAGUGGAUGCGGAUGAAGGAGAAUUUCCUCACGCUAAAAACACACCUCCCCCCGCUCGAAAAACUAGCCGAAAUAGCCGAAAAUAAGACAACCCAGUACCUUAAUUCCGACCAAAUCCUUCUCAUCGACUCGCCAACGCUGGUAAAAAUCCUGGUAGAAAUCAUGCAAGCCUGGCUUUUCCACGGGGACAGCGACCCAAUUCCCCCCGCGCUUCUCUCCGCGAUUGAAGAAUGGCGCAAAGAAAUCGCCGUUAAAGGGAGGGGCGAUCCUAACCUGAAACUUUUCGCGGUAAAUUGGAUCCAACACAAAAUUAGGGGAAAUUACUACCACGUGUUUGAAGAGAAUUGGUCCCACGAGGAGUACUGGUCCCUCCUGUUGCAGCCUUUUUUCGUAUCGCCUGCCAUAAAUUUGGCGGACAUUGCGACCACGUUGGCGUCGUCCGAAUUUCGGGAGGAAUUUGGACUUGAAGGGAAGAAGAUUGAUAAGGGGGCGCUGGAAGGACUGCUCUUAUCCGGGAUAAGGUACAAUCAUCCCUUCCCGGUGCUAGAAAGAUGGUACCCGGACGGGCUAAAGGACGGGGACCAAGUCAUCGUUGAUCCGAAUACCCACGUGUUCAUCCCGAUGGAUAAGAUUGGUCGGGAAGGGGGCAAGGUGGGGGAAAAGUGGGUCGCUUUUGGGGUGGGAAAGCGCGCCUGUGGGGGACGCGAGGUGGCGAUGACGUUAUGCACGAAUAUCUUCUACCCGCUGAUGACCCAUGAAAAGGCGGGGGAGAAAUUUAAGCCGUGGGUGGGGCAUGCAUUUUCCGGGAGGAAUAAUGACCAGAAGGAGACGUGGAGACAGACCUGGUUUCAGGUCAAGUUGUUGGUUAAGAUAUUGUGGAGGUUGGUGUUACAUAAGGAGUAAAGAUGUGUAGAGUGGAGGGGAUAAUUUAAUGGAAAUGUCUGUGUAUUUAUAUGGAGUGGAAAUUUAGUCACAAAUUUAGUGUAUUUAUUGUGGGGAUAAAAAGUUAAUAAAUAAAGCGUAUUUUUGAUUGAUA